GUCUGCUUGCUCUGUUUGUACCUUCGGGCUUUAACAGCAGCUCUGGCUAUAAAUACCAGUCUGUGAACUAUUUUUAUACCUAAUUCAGUACACACAUUCGCCUACAACAGUUCAUUUCAGCACACGGUUAAAUAGGCUAUCGAAUACGACCACUCUCUAAGCCGAGAUCGUUACUACUGCAUUCGCCGUCAUCAAUCAUCAGUUUAAUAUAUUUCACCCACAAAAACGGUAUUAUUAUACGAGACCAUUCACAAAAAUCUGUAUAAGUAAAAUUUAAAUAACUCAAAUUUAAGUACCUUAUAUUUGAGUAAAAAAAUGAAACCAUUUUUGGUAAUUGUUCUUGCAUUAUUCGUAUGCAUUGCUGCCCAGGAUGAUAAAAAAAACAAGCUAAGAAGCACUGACAGUGAAAUAAAAAUUUACAAGCGCCUUAUACCAGCAGAUGUGUUACGAGAUUUCCCUGGCAUGUGCUUUGCUUCAACACGUUGCGCUACGGUCGAACCAGGCAAGACAUGGGAGUUGACACCAUUUUGCGGACGUUCAACUUGUGUUCAAAACGAUGAAAACCCUUCCAAAUUGCUGGAAUUAGUAGAAGACUGUGGUCCACUGCCUUUGGCUAAUGAGAAAUGCAAAUUGGAUACUGAAAAAACGAACAAGACGGCGCUUUUCCCUUACUGCUGCCCCAUUUUCACCUGUGAGUCCGGCGUUAAGCUUGAAUACCCCGAAAUCACGAAGGAAGAACCGAAACAAGAAUAAUUUAAAAAUAAAUAAUAGCAGACUUUGUUGCAAUUUGUUAACGAUCAGCAAGAAGUACAGUUUAGAUCCAAAACCAUUUUACAUAGAUUAUCAACUACAGCCAUCGUUCUGUUUCGAUUAACAUAUACAUACAUAUAUAUAACGCGAAGUAGCGUUAUCUUAUAUGUACAUUCUAUUGAAUAGCGCCCGCCUUUGCUCAAAUAUGGAUGGAUAUGUAUGCCUGAAAUGAAAUCAAUUGUAUUAUAAUUUUCACUGUUUACGUUCAAAACUUAUAAUGUUAAUACAUGCAGAAAAGUA